CAAUCAUUUAUAAUGUGACGAUUAUUUACAUUCAGUUUGAUUCAGCGUUCAUCCAUUGUUGGGUGAAAUAUAUUUUUAUUUCUACAUUUAUUAGAGGAAUUGUGACUGGUUCUUACAUUAUUUUAAUCAAUUUAAUGAGUGUAAAUAUUAUAUAAAUUAAUAAUAAUAUGUUUAGGCUUUUACUUUUACUUUUAACAAUAAGAAGAGUUAACAGUUAUGAGUUAUGUGUAUCUGUGCACUACAGAUGGUUGGUCGGAAUGUUAGCACAUUUUGUUAGUGCAAAAGAAAUCAAAAGUUGGCAUCUAUUCACCUGUCAAUUUUCUCUUAAUCCACUCCCUAGAAUGAUUAACACAUCAUUGUACAUGUUACAUCUCAUGGUGUUCAAUUUAAAAAAAAAACACAACACACACAUCAGUGUUCAACAAAAACUAAAAAUUAUAAACUAUACUAGUCUAACUCAAAGACAGAGAGAGUUUAAAACUUAUGGCAAUUAUUGUUCACACAGACAAUGCUUCGAUUUUAAGUGCUGAAUAGUUAGAUAAGGAUGAUGUUGACUUGUCUGGUAUAUCAGUUCCGCAAGAUGAAAAUUAUAAAUCAGCUACUAUAGACUAUGCCCAUCGGAGGCAUAAUUUCAGGUUUUUUUCAAGGGAAAGUGGGGGGGGGGGGAACCAAAACUUGUUUGGCUUGUUUAGUUGUUUACUACGGGGGGCGCCACAGUACUUAGCAAUUUAAAUAAAACCAGCAAAAUUGAACCAAAACUUGUUUGGCUUGUUUAGUUGUUUACUACGGGAGGCGCCACAGUACAUAGCAAUUUAAAUAAAACCAGCAAAAUUGGGGGGGGGGAGGAGGGGAGGGAAACUGCCCCCUGCUCUACCCAAAUGAUGUCCUUGAUGCCCAUUGUUAUGAUAGAGCAACACUUGCCUAUUCAAUGGAAAGAUCAAUAAUCAUAUUUAUACUUUCACAAACAAUUAUAUUUAGUCUUUAACAAACUUUUAAUUGAUUCUGCAUUAUAAAAUUUAAGUGUACAACUUUUUAACUUGUUCAUUAACAAGCUAAAGAUAUAAUAAAAAUAUUUUUCCUACAAUUUUAAGUUAUUAAAAAUACGGUACAUCAGCAUAAAAUAAAAUGUAUUUAUAAAUUUAUCUAUAUUAUAAUUUAUUUAUUUUUGUGUGGGGGUGGGGUGUUAAAAUGUUGACAUAAUUAAAUAGGGGGUCAUCGAAAGUUUGACAGUUGUUGACAAGAGGGGAGGGGGGCAAAAAUUGUGUAAAAAUUGUUGACUUAAUUAAUGGAUAACCCCUAAGAGAUUUCGCUUUUGCCUUGUCUUUUAGUAAACUUUUAUUUUUACGUGUGAGUACAUUUUCAAUUUUAAUACUGAAUUCAAUUUGAGUAUUUUUCAGUGUCUGACAAAAAUCACCAUGACACUAGAAUUCAAAAGCAACAGUGGGGGACUGGGAUCCCGGGAAAGUGAGGGUGGCAUUUUUGCCUUUGGGCUGCUCUGUCGGUGAAAUAUGGGCGCUUCCCGUCAGAAAUAUUUUAAGUCAUUGGUUGGUCAACAACAAACUGCUUUGAGUAAAGCACCAUUUUAUAAAAAAAAUUAUAUCUGUUACUAAGGGAACAUCCAUGAAGUACGUCAUGGUAUUGAUAAACAGGUUUAACACCCCCCCCCCCCCCGGCAGGUCAGAAUCUUUCACGAAUCACAGGAACCCUCCACUCCCAACCCUUAAAAAAACUAUGUCAAACUUUAGAACUAAAAAAAGUGUUACAAUUUAAUUUUUUUUUAAAAUUGUGUAAAUACUCUUCCCAAUUAAACUAUUAAAUUUAUAAAAGUGACAUCUUCUUUCACUUUCUGAAUAUACCCAUCACAACAGGAAGUUAAACAUCACUGCCAUUUUUAGUUUUUUGUGUGAAAGAUAAAAAAAAAAAACAUGUGAAGUCACAUUUUAUUAUUUUUAAACCCCAUCCAUCCCCAGUCACAAACUGUCAAACUUUACCUGCCUCUCUCCAGAGCAUGACAUACUUUAUGAACAGCACCCAAGAAGUGCAGAUUGUAUGUAAUGUGUAAAUGCAUAUCUUAUUUAAAAGCAGGUUUAAACAAUUAUUCUCAGCACAUAAAAUGAUAAUGUAUUUUAUUAUUUUUAUUGUGCCACAAAAUAAUGAAUUAGAAUGUUUUUGUUUGAAAACUUAAUAAUCAUAAUAUCAUUGUUAUAAUUGAUGAAUAUAAUAGUUAUUAUAAAAUAUCUUUGAAAGAUUAAUAAAAAAAAUUUUUUAAAGGAAGGAUAUGAGGAAGUUUAUGUAGUUCAUUUCCUGAGAAUUGAACCCCAAUCCAUAUUAAGCGUUUUCUUUACCACAUGAACACAAAAAGAUAUAUGACUAAAAAUUAUUGUACAAUUACUAUCUGUAUUUGCUCUGGGAUAAAUCAAUUUUAUAAUUCUAAAUUGUUUUAAUAAUAUUUUAUCUAAAUGUAAAUUAGAUUUUUAAUUUAUAGCCUGUAUUAAUAAUGUCUCACUGCAAGGUUAUCUGUGACCUGGACAGAAAACAAAACUCUCUCCUCUCCCACCCCCGAAAUAAACUAAAAUCGGCUCUGAAAGGGCUACUUUUAUCAAGGGCAGCUUGGCCAAUCUAAUUUACUGGACAGUUGAAAAUCAAUACUACUAUAACAUUUUAUUAUGAUAACUGACUAUAAUUGUCAUUAAAUGACUUAACACUCUUUUUGCUAAUUUUUACACCCCCCCCCCCCCAAACAUACACACACACACAAAAUAAUCACAGAUUUGUAUCACAGAUUUGUAACACAAAUCAUACACUUUUAUCAAAUGUCCUCACAAAUUUGAGACUCCCGACCCACCCUGAGAACUAGACAAUAUUUCACAUUUUACAUGGACUUUAAUACAAACACUAAAAAAAUUCCUGUGUUUGGGCUGAUAACCUAUCAGUAUAGUUUUGUUAGUUCAAAAAAACCACUCUUAGUACUUAAAGUACACAAUGUAAAAAAUAAACAUUGUACUCUGCCCCACUUUACACCACACAAGAGAUGAGAGUGUUCGCACGGUCUAAGGUUCAAAAUCUGAGAGUGCUCUGUCUAUGUUCUAACUUAUUCAAGUAAUUGAUGAAGCAUAAUUUGUGUUAGAAGACCAGAUGCAGGAAAAAAAAAAGGAAUAAUAAUAUGAUUUUAAAUUUCUUAUUUUACUGUGACUAGCAUUACCUACUUCAAAUAAUGACAGUGUUGUGUCUGAGACCUAACAAUAAAGUUUAUCUUGUGUUAAGACAUUUUGGUACCUGGCUGAGGCCAAAGCAGAUCAGCUGUUGCAAACAGCUUUUUGACAUACAGUUUCCUGUUGUCAAUGCUACACAGGCCAAAGUCUUAAAAGCUCCAGAGACUCAUCGUGGCUUAAGAUUUAUCUCUAGGUGAGUUGUACUCAUUCAUACCACUAAUGCUCUUUCCAAAUACGGCUAUAAACGAAAUGAAUCUAAAAGAUCUUAAACUAAUUGUUAACUAAUACACAUUGGGGAUCAGAUAAGAUUCUUUAAUUGAUCCUAAUUAAUGGAAAUUUUUUUUUUUAUUUUUACAAUGUAAAUUUAAAUAUUCAUUUUCAAUACUCGGAUAAAUAUUCGUACCCAGAAAUUUUUAAAAAACCAGAGCAAAUUUAGACGCAUGACUUUAACUAAAGUAAUUCUCAAGCCCCACCAUUGUAUUACCAUAGAACCUUACUCCCUUAUUAGCAAUAUUGACUUUAAGAUUGUUAGUUUAUCUGAUGGUUAAGUUCAUGAAUUGUUCUGUAUUGUAAUUUGAACACAAUUCUAUGAUUUUAAGUAAAUGUUUUGUAUCAUUUAAUUUUUAAGCGUUGUUUUAUAUUGACUCAUUCUCAUGUGUAUUUUAUUAUUUCAUCGAGUUGUAAUCUUCUCUCUGAUGAAACAUAAGCAGAAGAUUUUUUUCUUCUCACUUUUGAAACUUAAAUCCAUAAAUUAUUUCAGGGACACAAAGACCAAAAAUAGCAUGGAAGUGCAAAAACUGUCGGACAGACUUGUACUUCACAAAGCUGUUUCGAGAGAUGCUUGGAAACUGCCAGGAGAUCCCUCCAAAGUUCUUGUUCUGUUUUUCACAUGGAUGGGUGCAAAAGAAAAACAUGUGAACAAAUACCGUGAGCUGUACACAACAUUAGGGCUCGAUGUUCUCACCAUCAAGUCCAGUUCAAAAGACUUUCUCUGGCCGCCAACCUCAUUUGUGUUGGCCAAGGAAAUUACAUCAGUGAGUCAGAUAUUUUCGUUCCACAAAUCAUAGUCAAUUCAUUUAAUUUUAAAAAAAGAAAGAAAGAAUUUUGUACUGGUAGUAAAAUUAAUUCAAUUAAAUGGGCAGAUCUUAGAUCUGUCUAAGGCAGUGAUCGUCAAAUCACGGCUCACGGGCUGCAUGCAGCUCUUUAGUGACCUGAGUGCAGCUCAGCCAGUGGAACACAUAUCGGUUUUGACUCCGUAAAACAUGAUCCUUGACAGGUUCUUGAAAAGAAAUUUGGCUCUCAAAAUUUUUUUAAUCGUCCUGCUGCUUAUUUUUUUGGCUCUUUUGACUAAUCAGUUUGCCGACCACUGGUCUUAGGGAUUACCGGAGGUGGUUGGGCUGGGUGGGGGAGGCAGCUGAAGACAGUGUGUCCUGCACAGGAUCUCGUAGAUGAUGGCGUUAUAUAUGGGAAUGUUUUAGUUGCUUGAAGAUGAGCCCCAGGCUAACGAAUCCAUGUGUGACAAUAAAGCUGAGAUCCCAGGGCCUAGCAAAGGUGGUCGAAUGAUUCUUGGAAAUUGGUAAGGACUUAGACUUUAUCUGACAUCAUCCUCACAGGACCCACCAUCUUGCGAGAAUAUAUAUUGAAUCACUGGGAUUUUUUUUACAGAGAUUAUAAGUGCAUAAACAUAAACUAUAACUGGUAAAUUAAUAUUUUAAAAUGUUCAAUGGCUGAGGCCAAAGUAACAAUGUUAUCUUGACUUACAAUUAAAUAUUCAGACAGAUUUUGAAAAUCAUCAAUUUUGUUCACCUUCCUGAAGGCCAAAAAAGAUAACUUGAUUUGGGCUUUAGAUUUUUUAACUACUUGAGAAAAAAAAAUGUGCUAACUGUCACAUGCUCAUGUCUGUAUUUGUUACAUUGACUUACACUUAUUAACCUUUGUUGUUUUUUUAAUGUGAUAGUAAAACUAUGUAAUAUCUUCCAUUGUUGACAACCCCUUAAAUAUCUGAAAGGGCACAUAUUUUGAUUACUGGUAUAGCUUUAGUGUUUCGUAUGAAGAUCAGAAGUACUCUCUUCUGGAUCAUGGUUCCUAUACAAUGUCACCUGAUGUCCAAGAGUUUAUUUACAUUGUACAGCACACCACCAUAUCACAUCAUAGAUGUAUGUGUUUGCCGUAAAGCAAAAUUGCAUGCAUCUCAAGAUAGGCUAAGAGUAUACUUAAAGCUGAAUGUUGUCCAUGUAAUGUUAAGAUUUUAAAGAUUUUAUUAUACUAUAACCCUCAUGUAGUUUGAAAGAUACCCUAUUUUCAUUGAAUAAUUAAUGUCUGUUGUCCCACAUACAGAGCCAUCAAGGUGGCUCUACAACCCCUGAGGCUUUCAGGGGGGCUCAUGUGUUUAAAGAGGCCAAAAGUUGUGAAUUGGAGAAAAAUAAUUAAUAGUAAGUAUUUUUAAUUGCAUUGAGUUGGAAGGUAACCCCCCCCCCCCCCCCCACCCAAAGGUAUGCAACAGCUCUGCCCAUGUAAUGCUCCAUGACAUGGUGAAUGUAAUUUUUAAGCAAUGCCCAUCGAAUUUUAAUAUCCCAUGUUAUGUAUUUGUCCCAUGCAAUUUCAAUGCCAACUUCCCAAUAUUUCCUGACAAUAUUCUCACUUUUCUAUUUCCAGACAUUAAAAAAUGAACUGGGAGCGUACAAUCAGUUUUUACUGCACUCCAUAUCUGUGGGGUCUUACAACUUGACAGUGCUGUGUAUGCAUGCCAGACAGCAGCAUCUGGAGGAACAGCUGCUGAAAAAAUUCAGUGGGAUCAUUUUCGACAGUAUUGUUGUAGGGGGAGGCCUGGGAGGCAUCAUCAAACAUCCUCAAGAUCAAAAGGUCAAGGACAUCGAGGCGUUGGACAGAAUGAUAAACGCCGUGGCCAUCUCCGUCAGCCAAACUAAAUUCGUUCAAGGAAUAUUAACGUCGAUAGCCAGGGUGUACUUUGCAGCAACAAAAAGCCACACUGUGGAUUUUUACGAAACAGCCAACAACGCAGUCCGAGACGAGCCGGUCAAUGUACCCACUCUGGUGCUGACCUGUAGAAAUGACCCACUGACCGACCUGGAUGUCACAGAGAAGCUUGUGGACAUCUGGAAGGCAAACCACAAUAUGCCGGUUACGCUUCAUGUGUGGGACGACUCUGCACACGCCCAGCAUUACGUCCUACACAGAGAUGAGUAUGUGAACAUCCAUAAGAAUUUCCUAGCUCAAGUUUUUUGUGUGGACACUGGUAGCAGUGGUAGUUCUCCGACCAGUGUGAUUAAAUCUAAAUUAUGAACAAAUUAAAACCUGUAAUUUAUUUGUCACAUGC